UUCAAAGCCAUCAAGUAAUAAGGCUCACGUUGCCACCUGAUCUUUGUCUGUUUACUCUUUGUUUCAACGAUUCCUUUGAGAGAUCAAGAUGUUGGGUAACUAUGAGAAAAUGGUACUCAUCCCUCAAAACACUAAACAGUGGCCACAGAGGCAGCAGAUAGAUGAUCAAAAGGUGUCGAUGGCUUCUUCUUCUCAUCAUCAAAGGGUUAUGGAAAAGCCAAACCAAGAGCUUCUUCAACAGCAACAAGAAGCUCUCAAGUGUCCUCGAUGUGACUCAUCAAACACCAAGUUCUGUUACUACAACAAUUACAGUUUGUCUCAGCCCAGACACUUCUGUAAAGCCUGCAAACGAUACUGGACUCGAGGAGGUACGUUGAGGAAUGUUCCUGUAGGUGGAGGUUGCAGGAAAAACAAACGUGUGAAGCAUCGUCCUUCUUCUUCAUCAUCAUCAGCUUCAGAUCAAACUCAUAACGCUAUUAUUGCACCUUCUAAUUCUUCUUCUUUCGCUGCCAGUACUACCGUCUCAGCUGCUUCAAACCCUCCUUCACAAUCUCAGAUCGAUGUCGCUCCUUUACUUUAUGGCUUGAAUCUUCCGUUUCCAAGGUUCAAUUCCAGUUCUGGGUUUGAUCACCAUCUUCAACCAGCUCAGAUCAGUAAUUCCAUUGGGUUGGAUUUCACUGAACAUCAUAAUGGUUACCGAAAUGGGUUUUCUUCAAAUCCUAAUCUUCUUUCAAGCUAUAGCUCCUCCAUCUUUGGAAAUGCUUCUUCUUCGACAUCUACAACCACACCCAGCAUCAUGGCUUCGCUGCUAAACUCUCCGAAUCUGCAGCAACAAAAGUUCAUCAAUGGUGAUUCUAACAGUACUUUUCAGGGGUUCGUCGCACCAGUACUAGAAGAGCUGGCAAUAGCAGGCAAUAAUAAUAACAACAAUAAUAGCACGAGUACUGAGGCAUCAGAGAUGCUUGCUUUAAAAGAAGUGAAAUCUGUGGUGGAAGAUGAUAACAGGUUUCUGAGUUGCUGGCAAAGUAAUAAUAACCAGAUCGAGCAUCAAGCAGGCUUGUCCGAUCCUUCUUCACUUUAUUGGAACGCAGCAACAGCUAUGGUGGGUACUACUACUUGGAAUAAUGAUCAAACCAAUAUUGGUCCUCAGUCUCUUCUCUCAUCUGAUCUACAAUGAUAUAAACCAGAAGAUCGAUCAGAUCGAUCAUUUUCGUCUUUGUUUUCUCUCUCUCUGAUCUCUCUCUACCUUGUUUGAAGUCAUAUCCUUUAGUCCUUUUCUUCAGCUUUAGAGCUAGUCACUUAUUAGGCUUUUGGUUAUUAAUUGCUUGGACAACUACUAUUACUUUUUCUUAAUCUGUGUCAAAAGUGGGUUGGGUUUACUUACAUCAAAGAGAUAAAAAAAGAAAAAAAAGAUACUUGUUAGAGGGUGAAAGGUGAGAGGAGCAUAUGGAUCGGAGCGAUCAUGUCAGCUGCAAGUAUUAGUCUCUUCAGCCUCUUAAGUUUUUUGAGUCAAGGUUGAGGAAUGUAUUGCUUACAAAUAUAUUGCGCUGAGAGGAACCUCGGAUCCUCUUCUCUCAAAGGAGAUUCUAAUAAUUUUGCUGCUAUUUCUCCAUAUGAUCGAGUAAGUACGCAGUUAAUUGGUCUUUGUAAUGUGUAUAUGUAUAUGCAAUGACAUGUCCUUUAAUUCUCAUCUUUUCUCAAUUUUUCUAAUGUAUUGUGACUCCCUGGGUGGGGCUUGCUGAGACUUUGCUUUAAAUUUCUAGGUAUAUGCAAUGACAUUUGGUAAAGAUUUGUUUCA